AUGCAGAGCAUCCGACAAAUCCAGGAACUGAACAAGCGCGAGCUCGAGGCUGGUGUGUCCCCAAACGCAUCAUGGCAUACAGACUAUCGCGACACAGCCUACAUAUACAUCGGCGGCCUGCCAUUUGAGCUCUCCGAGGGUGAUGUAGUUACGAUAUUCUCUCAAUAUGGCGAACCGACAUAUAUCAAUCUGAUUCGCGAUAAGGAAACAGGAAAGUCCAGAGGCUUUGCAUUUCUGAAGUACGAGGAUCAACGCAGUACAGAUCUGGCAGUCGACAAUUUAGGAGGGACUGUGAUUAUGGGGCGAACUUUGAAAGUAGAUCAUACUCGGUAUAAGAAAAAGGACGACGAAGCUGAAGAGGGGCACGAUCUCACGCAACGGCCACCAGAGGAUGACGAGGAUGGCGAAGGCAGGAGGAAGAGACGGCGGACAGACGAAAGCGAGAGCGAGGAGGAGAGACCUAUGUUGAAGGAAGAGCGCGAGUUGGCAAAGCUUAUCCAGGACCACGACGAUGAAGACCCUAUGAAAGCCUAUCUGGUUGAGGAGAAGAAGGAAGAGGUUACAAUGGCUUUGGCAAGACUGAAGGAUGGGAAGAAGUCUGAAAAGUCCAAGUCUAGGCAUCAUCACCACAGGUCACGACGACAAGAGGAUGGGGCUGGGAAAGACAGCGGCAGUCGCCGUUCUCGUCACCGAAGUGAGCAUCGAGAGAGGAGACACUCGCGUUCCAGAGAACGGACCCCGGAGCGUGCAGAUGAAUCUCGAGUUGAGCGGAGCAGGACAUCUGGACAUAGGGAUGAGCGAGACGAUUCGAGAUAUCGCAGAGAGAGUCCUAGGAGAGAAGGAAGGGAUCGAGGAGGCCGGGAGAGGCCUAAGGAACGACCGAGAAGGAGAGAGACUUCUGUUGAAGAUAGACGUCAUCCUUCCAGGCGGUACUCUUAG